ACUGCGCGAGCAGUUGCGCAUCAAGUCGCGCUUUUACGACAGUACAGACCACACCGUGGAAAUGGACAGAGUGCUAAAACGUGUGGGUCUUUCGAAAAGGACUCAAACCGAGACAAAAGGGCCCGAUCAGGGCCCCACCGAAGAAAAGACGAAAGUCCGUCGGCGCCGCAGGAGCAAGUCCAGGCGGAGGUCCAGUCAGGAGAACAAAAAAUCGCGCGGUUUAUUUAAUAUUGAUUGGGAAUCCGUAAAAGACUGUAAGUCCUGCAAGUCCAGGGCCAUCACCAGGAGGUUCUGCAGCAAAAGGUGCGACAACGAGCUGUACCGGUCGAACAGCUUCAAGUUCGAGAGGUUCAUCAGGGGCAGCGAGGAGGCCUCCACUUUGGGCAAAAAGAUCUCGCUGUGUGAUGAUUACAGUCUGCCAGUAGACAACGUCGGCAACAAAAAACGACCCAAUAGCAUCGCAGUUCCUAGUCUCGCCGAAUGGAACAUCUCCAGUCCAAAUGAAGAAAAGAUUGAAAUUUUGGAGACAUACUCGACUCCGCGCGACUCAAGGCAACAGUUAAUUCAAGAGGAAGUUGAGACCAAAUGCUUCACAAGUCCUGAUCGAGAGUACUCGCAACCCUACACUACAGAGGGUUCAUCCGAACCUACAUCUGAUGACGAUUUCUUCGGCCACCACAUUUCCGUGACAAAACCGCAAGAACUGAAUUCUCCAGACAGCAUAGCUGAAGCAAUUCUUCCCCAAAUAAGCGCUCAAUCUCCUAAUCGUAGCGACAUAAAACGUCAUCCAUCACCUUAUUAUUACGCCGAUUUAUACAAAAAUAAAAUCGAAGAGCCAAAACCGUGUCCUGCUAAAGUAAAAUCGGAGCCUCCUCAGCCGAAGUCGUCUCAGGAUGCUUUAGAAUCAAAAGGGAAUUAUAGCAAUCAAAAGAACAAGAGUAGGAAGUACCGAAAAAGUUCUAGUUUAGAUAAUCCGAGUUUAGAUAAACCAAUCCGAGCCAGGUCGCAUAGUCGUUUGAAAUAUAAAAAAAGUUCUAGUGUUGACACACAAAGUACAGAUUCAAGGGAUGCGCCUAAUGAGGCGGUUAUGCCUCCAAAUAGACUGACUUCACCCUGUGCUUGUCUCACUCCGGACGAUGGCUUAGACGACGAAAUGACACGCCAAAGGCAUGUAUACGAAACCGCUUUCGACUGUCGCAUUAGCAAGUCUGAUGACGAUUUAGAUCAAAUUGAUAAAGUAUCAAACCAUCCUGUCCUCGUUCAACUGAAUAAUUCGAGGGAAAACCGAGCCGGACCGUCCGUUGAUAGCAAUACACCACAAAAUAGACGAAAAGUCACGCUGCUCUGCCCCAAACCGAGCCAAGAGGACAAUAACUCCGUCGGCGCACUCUCGCAGAAAUUACAGGAUAUGCAUUUACCAGUUGAAGAAACGUCUGUCGUUUCUGGGGCUUUAUCCUUGCCUUUGCGAGGUUAUACACCAUCCCCUCCGUCCACUGCCCCGCUCCCAACAAAAUUCCACGGUAAAGAAUUGGUAAUGAACAGUAUUCGUAGUGCCCCGAAUUUACCGUCACAUCCGAAGUCACGAUUAAAAGAUUUGCAUCUUCCGGUGAAGUCUCUGAGGGGACGUUCGCCAAACAGUAGUAGUGGCAGUUUGCAGAUACAGAGAAACGCGUUCGAGAUAGAAUUUGGAAAUGGUAAACUUAUCUCGGAGUUUAAAGGACGGCCUAGUCAAUCGAAGGACGGCGAUCAAGAGCGAAUUUUUGAGAUAAAAGACUGGCCAAGGCAGGAAUUGUUAUUAUUAAAACGAGGUAGUAAGGGAACUAAGGAGAAUAUUUUGGAGUUUAAGGGUAGACGUAGGAGACAUAAGUAUUCUAGUACAGAGAGUAUGACAACUAGUAGUAGUGGUGGGAGUAUGGAAAGUAUUAAGAGUAGUACUAGUGAGGGGAAUAGAAGUACGACGAGUUCGGAUAGUAGGCAGUCUUCUUCUUUAAGUUCGCAUAGUUCUGAUAGCGGCGGUUCUAAAGCUUACUGUGGGACCCAGAAUUCUGGUUUUUUAGCUCAUGCGAAUAAGUUACACAUAUUGAGCCCCAUAUCGGACAAAUCAUCUCAGGAACCAAUCUCAGAAACUUCCGACAACAACCGCAACAACAACUCUCAGAAGUGCUCACCCGAAGAAGCGGCAACUCCCGAGACCAUGAAAGUGAAACGGCGUCUACCUCAGAACAAGAACUUAUUAAAUUUGGGGUUCCACACGGGCGAUCUCGAAAUCCAGGGUUCCGAUAGCGGAAUAUCAAUCCAGUCGCGUGAAGGCAUAAAGUCUCGCUUCGGCUUCACCGCAGCCGAAUUACCGAGUCAACAAGAUUUCUCUGAUUUGCCAUUCGAUAUGCCAAAAUUGCGACGAAGGCGGAUGAUUGCACAAGACGCCUGCACUUCGGGCAGUGCAACCUCGGUCGAUCUCCGGGAUCUGCCCUUCGAUAUGCCGAAGCUGCGCCGACGGCUGCGGAUACAGCAGUCCAGCACCGAGUCCAGCGUGUCCCAGGCGUCCUCCAGUCAAAGUGUCAUCGAGGCCGACAGGCAAGUCUCUUCCUUCCGGCCAAAACUAACCCUAAAUUUAGGGGAGCUAGACAUGCGUCAACGUCCAGGCCUAGGAUUAUCUCUUGUAGGACUUGGUAUGAACUUGAAUAAUCCCGAAAACCCAUCAACAGCUGAUGUCAUCGACGUCAAUUUACCACUAGAAAAACAAGGAUGGUUUCAUGGUGCAAUAACGCGAGUUGAAGCAGAAAACGUACUCAGGAUGUUACGGGAAGGAAGCUUUCUGGUUAGGAAUAGCGAGUCGACCAAACAGGACUAUUCGCUUUCGUUAAAGAGCGCAAGGGGUUUCAUGCACAUGAGGAUCCAACGAGACGGCACUGACGAAUGCUAUAUUUUGGGGCAAUUUAGCAAACCUUUCCACUCGAUUCCAGAAAUGAUCCGCCAUUUUUGCAUAAACAGGCUACCGAUACGCGGGGCUGAACAUAUGUGUUUAUUACAACCAGUAAUUGCACAACUCUUGUGAUAAGGUUUCAAGUUUUUGCUUUUUCUUAUAUAAGUACAAUUUUUCACUUUGAGCUUGUACUUACUUAAGACGCAGACUUAGAAAUGAUGCUACAUGUAUUUUAAUUAUUGAAGAAACGAUCUAUUUUUUGUGUGAAACGGUGAAAACAAAAUGGCUUCCACAUGAGUAGAAAAAAUGAGAUUUUUAUCUACAAACGUUAUUUGUUAUUGAUUGUACACUUUUUAGUUGACCAUAUGAAAUAUGGUUUCACUUUGUUAAGUGACAGUGUAUCAUAGUCGACGACGUGCAAUAUUUUGUUAGCCUACACGAUACAAAUUGUUUAGUUUUAGUAGUGUUAUUUAGUUAGAAGUUUAACAGCGAUGAGUUUUUAGUACGGCUGCAGAAACUAUAUUGCCAAAGAAAAUGACUGUGAAUAAAAUAUACAUACCUAUAUAUUAUAUACAUUUCAAUGUUAAUAAAAUUAGUUAUAGUUUUAGAACUUAGAUCAAUGUUUUAGGGUUAGUCUUUUAAAAGAACAAAGCAAAUAUAAAAAGUACUUUAACAUUAUAUUACAUUUCACUCACAUUAUGGCUCAUAACGUUAUACCUAUUUUAAUAAGGAUUUUUUCGAUUUCCAUUCUUUCAAAAUUUAAUUCUUUAUAAAUAACCUUAAAACUGUUGUAGACGCUAUAUUAUUUACUAAUGUAAUAUAGUUUAGAGACUUUGUGAUGAAUGUGUUAAUAAGGGACUGAAUAAAAGUACGUAAGACAA